AUGACUAAAAUAAGCUGUGAUAUAGAAUCGGAUAGAGUUGCAGAACUCGACAAAUUGUUAGGCUUGAUAAAACCCAAAAUCUUACACUACAUCGAUAAGGCUGAUCCAAAUUCUUCCAACUACGAAACUGACUCUUUGGGAAAAUAUCAUAGUCCGGAAUUUUUAAAGAACCAAUUUACUGAUGAUAAACAAUUAGAUAGCGGUAUUAAAGGUGAUUAUGAAAAAUUAUCCAGUACUAUUGAUCAGGUCUUGAAAUACUCGGUUAACACAUGGAAUCCAGGAUUUUUAGACAAGUUAUAUGCAUCAAACAAUCCAAUUGGUGUUAUAUCAGACUUGAUACUAUCUAUUUUGAAUACCAAUUCGCAUGUAUACACUGUUUCGCCUGCUUUAUCAGUAUUGGAAAAUUAUAUUGGUAAGAAAUAUGCACAAUUAUUUUUUGACGAUGACCAAGAAACUUGUGGAGGACUUACUUUUUCAGGUGGAUCAUGGUCGAAUAUCACAUCGAUGCAAAUUGCACGAGCAUUGAAGUAUCCAGAUACCAAGGAGAACGGUAACACCAAUUAUAAAUUUGCCAUUUAUACUUCGGAGCACUGUCACUACUCGGUUGUCAAAGGUGCUAUUUUGUUAGGUUUGGGGUCCCUGAAUGUUUUUAAAGUUAAAAUUUUGCCAGACGGGAGCAUGGACGUGAAUAAUUUAAGCGAGGUUAUUGAACGUUCGGUUGAACAGGGAUAUACACCUUUGUAUAUAAAUGGUACUGCGGGUACAACUGUCUUCGGAUCAUAUGAUCCAUUUGAAGAGAUCUCCAAGGUUGCCAAGAAGUUCGAUUGUUGGUUCCAUAUUGAUGGAUCUUGGGGUGGUAACGUUGUGUUCUCACAAACCCACAAGUCCAAAAUGAAGGGUUCAAAGUUAGCUGAUUCCGUUACAGUUAAUCCUCAUAAAAUGUUAGGCAUCCCAGCUACCUGCUCCUUCCUUUUGUUGCCCCAUGUUCUGCAUUUCCAGAAAUCCAUGUCGUUGUCAGCACCAUAUCUAUUCCACGGUAGGGAAAGCGACGACGAUAGUAUUGAAAAUUAUGAUUUGGCUGACGGAACUAUGGGGUGCGGUAGAAGAGCGGAUUCCUUUAAAUUCUACAUGGGGUGGUUAUACUAUGGAAAAGAAGGCUUUGCUAACCGUGUUGACCAUGCAUUUGCCAUAGCUAAAGACUUUGUUGAAAAGAUCAGUAAGAAUCCUAAAUUUAAAUUGGUUAUCGGCAGUGAAAAAGAUUUACCCGCAUGCUUGCAAGUCUGCUUUUAUUAUAAGCCAUCUGAUUAUACAGACCACGACAAUACCGAAAUCACUCGUUUCAUCUCCAGGGAAUUACAUAAAAGAGGUAGAUAUUUGGUAGACUUUUCUCCUAACCCUACCGAUAAAAACAAUGAAGGUGAAUUUUUUAGAGUUGUAUUCAAUUCUCCUACUUUGACCGAUAGUGUUGUCGAUGAUUUAAUCAACAGCAUUAUUGAAGUUGGUGCGGAAUACAAAAAAUAG